CCCUCUGCCAAGGGGACAACGUGUAGUGCGGGCCCAGGAGGAGCCGUCCGGGUUUGUCGGGGGCCGUUGGGCUGGGCGGAAGAAAGAGGGGCAGAUCGAGCGUUGGUGGAGCAACCGCCGUCGACCCCGAGCAAGCUGGAGCGGGGCUCUGAUCCGGAGCUCCUGUUGCUCUGGGGCUGCAGCAAACCGCCAAGCUGGGCAAGUCGGUCGGUGUCCUGGUGGAGGUUAAGGGGAUGAGCGCCCGGGAGAAGCGGGAGAUCGCCAGGUUAAACGGUGAGGCAGAUUUAUGAAGGUGGAAGCCAACGCUUUAAAAAUGAGUAAAUAGCUAUGGUGGCUAAAUGGAAUUGCCUUGUAAAAGAGCAGUCUGCCUUACUAAGGGACAGGCAACGGGGAAGGGCGUUUGCUUUCAUCCUGCAGCGUGUGGGCCUCCCUGUGGCUGCUGGGAGUUGGAAUCUGACAAGUUUUUGACACCCACGAUGCGCAUUUUUAGGACCCACCUUAUUUCUAUUGUCAUGGAAUAUCAGCGAGCUGUCAUCUUUAGACUAGGACACAUCCUAAAAGGUGCAAAAGGCCCGGGUAUCUAUUUAAUCCUGCCCUGCAUAGACAAUGUUGUCACAGUGGACAUGAGGACUGUGUCAUUUGAUAUAGCCCCCCAGGAAAUUCUUACCAAAGAUUCGGUGACGGUUCUUGUGGACGGUGUGGUUUACUACCGAGUUCAGAACGCCAUCCUCUCUGUGACAAAUGUUGCUUAUGCGGACUCAGCCACUCGGCUCCUGGCUCAGACCACAUUGAGGAACGUUCUUGGGACCAAGAGCCUCUCUCAGAUCCUCUCUGACCGGGAGGAAAUCGCCCACAGCAUGCAGGCCACACUAGAUGAUGCCACAGAUGAUUGGGGCAUAAAGGUGGAGCGGGUAGAGAUCAAAGAUGUUAAGCUGCCCAUCCAACUCCAGAGAGCCAUGGCCGCUGAAGCAGAAGCUACCCGCGAAGCAAGAGCUAAGGUGAUUGCAGCAGAAGGUGAAAGGAACUCCUCCCUGGCCUUGAAGGAAGCCGCCAUCGUGAUCACAGAGUCUCCUGCAGCCCUCCAGCUUCGCUACCUACAGACUCUGACCACUAUCGCUGCUGAGAAGAACUCUACCAUUAUAUUUCCGCUGCCAUUGGAUAUGCUGCAAUGUCUCAUUGGAACAAAACGUUAACUGGGGAUGUAGAUGCAGGACGAGGGGCUGUUUCUCAGGAGCCCAGAUUUUCUUAAAAGUACAAUGCAGUGUUGGACAAAGGGACAUUAAUUUAAUUGUUUGUUAGCAGAGGGUUUUUUUACAUUUUGUUUUUUCACUUCUCUUCCCAAACAGGAAUAAAGUUACUGAUUUUAACCCUGUA